AUGGAAAGCCUCGCCGUUCUCACAACAAUACACAGUCCACCCAAGGUGGACGACUUCACCCCGCUCGCGGAGCACCAGGAGCGCACCCCGGCCACCUUCUUCGGCGGCAAGCCCGUCCUGCACUACCACGCCGCAUCUGCAAAAGCCCUGGUCCCUGCAUCACAGAGGCGCAGCUUGCCGAUAUUCCGGACUGCAGAUGCGGCAGCGGGCAGCGAUGAGGACGCAGAGGCGAACGUUGAGCAGACCGUUGACGUGUUUGUCAAUUCCUCGACACUCACGAUCUUCAGUCAAGACGCUACGAUUGGGGUCCAGAUCCCCUACCCCCAGAUCGGCAUCCACGCCAUUAAGACCCUCACAACGCCACCGACCGCGCCGUCGCCAACAGCAGGAGCAACGUCAGCCGUCUACAUGCAGUUGGACCUGCAGUCCAGCGGCGGCGCCGACGACGACGACUUCGACACGGUCGAGCUGACCAUCAUUCCGCCCGCCCCAACCACCGAAUCGACCCCGGCCCUAUUCGCCGCCAUAUCCGCCUGUGCCGAGCUGCACCCUGACCCUGCCGACGCCGAUGAUGAUGACGACGACAAUGACGACAGGAUAGUCUUUGAGUCGGCCGCAGGCUUCGAACCGGGGUCGGGCAUCUUCAGGGGCGCAAGCGACGGCGGCCUGCCGCCCGCCAUGCCCGGGAGCUCGGGCUGGAUCACGGCCGACAAUGUCAAUGAGUUUUUCGACGAGGACGGGAACUGGAUCGGCGCCGAGGAGUACGACGCCGACGAGGGCAUCAGUGGUGAACUGGGCGAGGGUGCUGGCCGCGUGAGGGGCAGGGAUGAGGUUUCUGGCGCUGAGGAGGUGGCGGCGGUAGCGGCGAACGGUGCGCAAGGCCCUAACGGACAGCAGAAUGGGGUCGAUGGUGAAGAUCCAGAGAGCAAAAGGCAGCGGACGGACUGA